UUGACUAAGUUCCCAGUAGGAUCGAAACAUAGUCAGUAAAAAUUGUGGCAUAGAGUAGAAGAUUUAUUACUAACACAAGUGAAGAAACACACUGGGAGAAGAACAAAAUACAACCAAGAGCAGUCAGAAGACAACAUCCGUGAUCUGGACAAGAUGGAUGUAUUUUCUCGACCAGAACUGUUUGAUUUCCACGGAGUCUGGAUGACUCACUAUUUCACAGACAACUGGGAGAACGUUCAAAACUUUCAGGCCAGGCCAGAUGAUAUACUCCUUGUAUCAUACCCCAAAGCAGGAAGCACGUGGGUCUCCUACAUCCUUGACCUGCUGUGUUUUGGUCAGACAUUUCCAGAGCGUGAUACAUCCAUCCCUCUCACUGCAAGGGUGUUACACUUGGAGAUCGCCAUCACUUCUCUGCAGCUAGGAACAGAGGAUCUGGACAAGUGCUCCACCUCUCCUCGACUCAUUAGGACUCAUCUCCCAGUCCAGUUUUUGCCAAAGUCCUUUUGGGAGCAAAACUGCAAGAUCGUCUACGUGGCCCGCAAUGCAAAGGACUCUGUGGUGUCUUAUUUCCAUUUCGAACGCAUGAGCGAAAUCCACCCAGAGCCUGGAGAGUGGAGCAGCAGUUGUUUUUGUGGGUUGUCUUUGUGUAAGUUUGUAUGUAACUUAGAGUUCUCAUACUAUUCAAGUUACUUUUCCAAAACGGAUUCUCAUACUAUUCAAGUUACUUUUCCAAAACGCUGCUGUUUCCAGGAUACUGGACGUGAAAUGGACAAACUCUGCUGCUUUCUUGGUUUGUCUCCUUCAUCUGAGGAGAAGGAAAGAAUUACAGGCAGAGUUCAGUUUGAUGGUAUGAAAGAGAACAACAUGGUCAACCAGUCAUCGUUCCGAGCGCUGGAUUUCAAAAAGUCUUCCUUCAUGAGGAAAGGGAAAGUUGGUGACUGGAAGAACCACUUCACUGUGGCCCAGCAUGAAAAGUUUGAUGAGGACUACAAGCAGAAAAUGAAGAAUCCUUCACUGCAGUUUCAAAGCCGUGAACGUGCAUCUAUCCGAAUUACUUACACCUGGCUCAACCUAGUCGCACCUCCUCAGCCUGGCUUGGCCUACGUAUCUUUCUUUUUUUUUAAAAUGGAUGCAUUGUCUCGAGCAGAACUGUUUGAUUUCCAUGGAGUCCCGAUGACUCAGUAUUUCACAGACAACUGGGAGAACAUUCAAAACUUUCAGGCCAGGCCAGAUGAUAUACUCCUUGUAUCCUACCCCAAAGCAGGAUCCACGUGGGUCUCCUACAUCCUUGACCUGCUGUAUUUUGGUCAGACAUUUCCAGAGCGUGAGACAUCCAUCCCUCUCACUGAAAGGGUGUUACACUUGGAGAUCGCCAUCCCUUCUCUGCUAAUAGGAUUAGGGCAUUCUUCACCGAUGAUCAGAGGAACAAGGAUGCUGGACCGCUGCUCCACUUCUCCUCGACUCAUUAGGACUCAUCUUCCAGUCCAGUUUUUGCCAAAGUCCUUUUGGGAGCAAAACUGCAAGAUCGUCUACGUGGCCCGCAAUGCAAAAGACUCUGUGGUGUCUUAUUUCCAUUACCAACGCAUGAGCAAAAUCCAGCCAGAGCCUGGAGAGUGGAGCAGCUACCCCCAGCGAUUCAUGGAGGGAAAGAUGCCGUUUGGAUCCUGGUACGACCAUGUGAGCGGCUGGUGGGAGAAGAAACAGAGUCAUCCAAAACUCCAUUACAUGUUCUAUGAAGAUCUGAUUGAGGAUACUGGACGUGAAAUGGACAAACUCUGCUGCUUUCUUGGUUUGUCUCCUUCGUCUGAGGAGAAGGAAAGAAUUACAGGCAGAGUGCAGUUUGAUGAUAUGAAAGAGAACAACAUGGUCAACAUGUCAUUGUUUGGAAUGAUGGAUUUCAAGAAGUCUUCCUUCAUGAGAAAAGGGAAGGUCGGUGACUGGAAGAACCACUUCACUGUGGCCCAAGAUGAAAAGUUUGAUGAGGACUACAAGCAGAAAAUGAAGAAUCCUUCACUGCAGUUUCGUACUGAAGUUUAGAGGCCUGGCCUGGCUGAGCAUAAUGUCCUGAACUGUGAUUCAUUUGAUAAUAAUUUGAUAAAGUUACUGAGUCAGAUAUUAAAUUUGAUUGACAAGAACAAUGUAUCAUCUGUACAAGACAUUUCUUCUCAUAAUGAUAACGACUGAUGUUAUAAAACCAUCAAAAAAUUAGCAAAAAGAUUUACAAAAAUCAAACCUUGAUGAAUGUCAGUCUUUGACGUUUAUACAUUUGACCCAUGUUAAAUGUUAUAUUUACUGAUUAGAUUUUUAAAAAAAA